CCCCCCUGCUCGCGGAUUUCGAAAGCGAGCUACUUUUCCCUGGAAAUUUCCCUCUUUCUUGGCAGAAUUCCCGGAAAAGUCUUCGAUCAGUUUCUUGAACUGGUCACUUCCUUUGAAAUGAUGUAGUGGUGGGAGAUGGUCAGGAAAGAUGAUCUGGAUUUCUUCUGUAGUUUUUCGCGGAAAGAGCUUCAAAGUUUAUGCAAGAAAUAUGACUUGCCGGAUAAUAGGUCAAGUAUGGGUAUGGCUGAAUCAUUGGCUUCUUAUUUUGAGAGAAACAGUUUGAGCUCAGGUGCCUUUGGAGUGGGUGAUCAAUGCCAUUCAGCUACUGCAUCAGGAGCACCCGCAAGUGGAACUAGAGAUGUGAAAAAAGACUAUGGUGGUAGUAAAUUGGACAUUAUUAGAGAGGAUCGUUCUCAAACUACAACGGCUGGAGAAACAGGCUUUACCCUUGGGGAUAACACACAUUACCAGGACGUACAUGGGGCUUCGACUGAAUCUGCAUGUGCUACCCAAUUUACUAGGAGUUUGAAUGAAAAGGGCCCAAUAAAAAAUUCCAGGAAGGAUUUUCUUCGGGGAACAGACUGUUGGUUAGAAAACCAAACAAGAGAGGUAAAUGCUGGUGAACAUCCUCGAGAAACUCCUUCAACAGGAUGCUCUACAUCUACAUAUUCCAGUCCAUCUUCAUUUGAAUUCCAUGUCAGUUCAGAAAAGGGUAUUAACCUUUCAGUUGAUCUAAAUUUCAACCCAUCAGACUGGAUCAAUAGUAUGAGAAAUGAGGUCUGUGUAUGUAAUAGCAUGCUUCCCAAGGAAUCUCGGAGGUCUGAUCAGGGCACCAGUUACCUUACAAAGAGCAAGGAACAGAAGAGUCUGCCCCCAUUGAAUGCAAAUUCUGGGCAAGGCGAAGAUGGUCAUGCAGUGAAAGAAGCUUCAAUAAGCCCGCUAAUGAAAGACAAUAGACAAACACCAUCCGAUCAUCGGUCUACUGGUGAAGAAUCAUUAACGUCAUCUGCGAUCAUAGAACCAUGCAGCAGAAAAACAGAUGGCUUGGACAAGUAUAAGAAAGACGAAGGGCAUAAGUUGUUCAUAGCUGAGCCUUCAGCACCUGGCUUGAUAUUCUCUUGUGCUGAAUCGUGUAGUAAGAGUUGUUGUGUAGUUUCGCUUGAUCCGAACUGCGUUAAUUCUCCUGGAAAAAAGAUGGCAAGUGAUUUUGGUACACAAGAAAAUCUGACUGGUGACCUCCCCACUCAAAAAGUUGGAAACCCAAUUACUGAAACUCCUAUACGUCCAGGAGGAGGUGGUUCUGACAUGUCAUCGUUGGAAGCCAAGCCCUACAAGCUGAACCCAUCAUGUUCACUUUUGCAAUGCAGGCAAGAACUAUUUGGCAUCAAAUGUGGUGGAGCAGGAAAAGAGCGAAGCGAUAAGUGGGCAGGAGCUGUCAGAGUUAGUUGUUUGAAUAAUGUAGCAUCCCAUAUACGGAAUUUUAUUUUUGCGGUGAUAGAAGAAUGGAUGUCAAGAAAUAAUCCUUAUGGCAAGGAGAUUCAUGCUGCUCCUUUUGGAGGUCAUCAAUUUCACUCGGACCACUUAUGAAGCAUUAUAUUGACUACCAACGAAUCUUACUUUGGCAAUGCCAGAAGUCUGUGUUGUGAAUAUGGAGGUUUUUGGUUUUCUUCCCCUUUUCAUUUUGAGACCCCACAUGGAAAAUCUCUGUCUUUUUUGUAUAAUCAUCUGCAGAUCACGUCCGGUCUUGUCACCUUAAUCUGGCAUCGCCCUUGUUUCUGAACAUGUCUGAAACACAAAAAGCCAUGGAGAGUAUUCUUGAUGAGG